CGACCCAGAGAUCUCGGAGUGCCAUGCCAUUUACUAUCGCCCCGGAUACCCAGAUCUAAACCUCCCGCAGUGCCGCACCCUGGCUGCACAUCACACACCCAUCCACCCUCUGUUCCACCCUGACUAUAUCAUCAAAUACCUUCCUUCUCCUCCUCAGCCCCUCCCAGACAUCAUCAAGCCUCCCGUGUGUGCUUCUUCUUCUGCCCGCAACAGGACAAUACACCACAGUCCCUCCUGCCCAUCAACCUGCCCACGCUGCCUGUCAGCAACUCUCCUGCCAGCUCGGUAUUUUCGUCCACAUCGAUAUUCACAUCUUCGUAUUCGUCCCCACGCCUUCUCACACCCAAACCUGCCGCCCUCCCACUCCUGUGCGGUCUGCCUGACCCUCACACUGCCCCCUUCGCGGACAGACACGAUCGAGUCGACACGACAUACGGCACUGAACAUACUGUCUUGCCAGCCAGCGGCCGGCCCGAGCAGCUGAGACUGUUUCUUGCAACCCGCGGCAAAGGUUCCUGCUCCAUCAAAGCAGGAUCCAGCCUCUCAGUAGCAAUGGCACCAUACCAACCACACCCUGCCUCCCACAGCUGGGACCAGCGCUGGCCUCAACACCAGGCUGGCUCAGACUACGUGAUGAUGAACGACAUGGUGGGCUACGACACGAGGUCACUCCCGUCCUCGGCACCUCUCCAGCGGCCCAUCAUGGCUCCGCAGUACGUCAUGGGAAACUCGUACGGAGACAGCCCAGUGACACCAAUGUCGGCUUCAAACUAUCCAGGCCACUCCCAGUUCGGAGACUACAGCUCCUACAGCCAGCCUUCGCCUUCAUUGACCUCUCCUUUCCAGCAGCAACCCGACCGAUUCGCGCACCGACCCAUGGCACCGCCAACACCACCGCUUGACUCGGAUAGCCAUUCCAUCUACUCAAGGGACGGCCAGACAGCAUACAGCUCUAGAGACACAAGCCGGAGGUCUUCUACAAAGCCGGUGAUCGUGGUCAAGCCGGAGGAUGCCAAUGCCUCGAGGACGCCAAAGACCAUCGAGCCCUUCAAAAAGGAGGAUGGCUCACUUCAAUGGGAAUCCAAGGAGAAGUUCGAUUGCCUCCUGCGAAUGAUCCCCAAGGCUCUGAAAUUGGAAGAUCCCAAGGAUCAGCAGCAGGUCCCAGAGCUCAGCAACGUCAACAACCCCACGAGCCUGCCAAUGAAACAGGACCCCGGGGCCAAAGCGCCAGUGAAGAAGUACAAGUGCGAUUUCUCAGGCUGCAAUCGGAGCUUCGCUCAGAAGGCUCCUUGGAAAACACACAUGGACACCCACAGGGGAGUCAAGUCACACCAAUGUGACGUAUGUGGUAUUUGGGUUUCCCAGGCAGGGAACCUCCAGACGCACAAGCGCUGCCACACGGACGAGAAGCCUUUUGCAUGCGGAGUAUGCGGGAAAUUGUUCAAGCAAAGAGGGAAUGUCAAGCCUCAUAUCGAGAAUGUCCACGACAAGAAGAACAAAUCAGUCUGCAACUUCCCUCGCUGCGGCAAGCACUUCACGACUAUUGGGAACUUGAAGAAUCACAUUGGCAAGGUUCACAAAGCAGUCCUCGAAGAAUUGGUCUACAAAAUUGAACGCAACGAAGAGCUUGAAGACAGCUGGAAAAAGCUUUUUCAGGAAUACUGCGUGAUAUUCAAGAACAGCAACAAGGGCAUCAAGGGCCGAGGCCACAGUAAUGCAAAGACACUGAAGCAGGAACAGAUAUCGGUCAGGUCCAGGAUCAAUCCGAGACGAGAGGCGACUCAGCAGAUGACGCCCGUGAGCCCUGAGCCAAUUCAUGUUGGCGAUGUGGCUCACAGCAGGUCGCAAUAUUACGACCAUCAUCAGCCAGCUCAACAACCGUUUCAUGGCCUCCCAUUGCCCGCACAACAACAGGCCCAGCCGCAGUUCCAUGGUCUGCCGCUUCCUGCUCAGCAGCAGCAGCAGCAGCAACAGCAGCAGCAACACUACCCGACUCCUCAGUACACACCCAUGUCGACGCACCAGACGCAGAGCCCACCCUACCAUACCCUACCUCAGCCUAUGGGGAACAACAUGGGAUGGCCCACACAAUAUCAAUAGACGUACAAGCCACCAGCCACAACGAGCUGGAACAAACAGACAUCGCAUUUCACCGGGCGUUCCUGAGUGGGCAAAGAACAGAUACAUGGACACGACGGUUUACACGGAUUUACGGACAUGAAUGAAGAAAGGGUGCAAUGUGCACCCGGAUGAUUUGACAUCAACAACACAACAACAACAACAACGGCGUCGGGGAACGGGGUGGUGUAGAUAAAAACCAAAACGGCACAAAUCGGACAAAAGGGAACGGACCGGAACGCACACGUGCGAACCAAGGCAUUACAUACACUUCGGUGCUGGGCGUUUUACAACACGACUUAUCAGAGUUAUACCAGGAACGAGGGAAGAUCCAAAAGUGAGUUGGGCAAAGGAAAACCAUCAGGAACGGCAUUUCACGCACAAGCCCCGGCUACUAGGCCUGGCCGGCGUAACAAAGUGGGGUCAUCUUUUCCUUGUGCUCUGGAGCGGCUGCUUAACCAUGAUCUAUCUCUCUACGCAACUUCUGUUUCUAUUCUGCAUCUUUCUUUUCUGCUAUUCUUCCAACACAUCCAAACAGCAUGUACAACAGUGCUCAGCCCUCACACUGGAGGGGGAGCCUGCAUUCAAACCAUCAUGUAUACACCCUAGCAAGGCAUUGUAGCCUCUUCUCAGUCACCUCACUUGGUCUGUCUCUUUUCUGUUUCUACUUUAUUCUUUUGAUCUGGGUUUCACAUGUCUGUUUUUCCAUAUUCUUCUAACGACCUCUGGCGACUCGAUACCAACAUCAUUAUGACAUGAUUGCCAUCUAUAUACAGCACAUACAUGUGGAAAGGGAGCGAGCGGGGUUUACACAAAAAUCCGGAGUGGGAAAGGGGAAGGAAGGGGAGGCGUUAACCAAAGGAUAUUGCGCCGGUGCGUUCCCUUGGAUGGAUGUUGGCGGGGACGGAAACCCCGAGAGACACGCAUCGUUGCGCGUCCCAGCUACUCUGUGGCAAUGAGUAUAGCGGGAAGCCGCGUUGUCAAUACUGUGUAAUGUAUCAUGUCAUCAGAAUUGACGAAGGGACCUCGAGUCCCAGACUAUUGAGUCAAA